AUGCCGCUCCCGGCGAGCCCAGCUCAAGCCAUUGAAUGCGCCAUUUGCAAGGCACCCUACGAGGACAAAGCUGAACUUUACGAGCUGCCGUGUGACCAUGUCUUUCACACGAUCUGCAUCGGCGCCUGGCUAGAACGGACAAGCCAAUGCCCCCUUUGCCGGCACCAGCUGCCGACCGAUGACGAAGCUUUUGAGGAGCAACAACGCGAAGAGCAACGACAGCGCGAAUCGGCCGCCAUGAUUGAACGCAUGCACUCAACAAUGUUUGGUUGA